UACCAUCUCCAACGCUGCUUGCGGCGGCGCCCAGCAAGCGCAGAAGCCGGCGAGCAAGGGACAGUAGUAGUACCGUCGUCUAUCUCGCGUCGUGUCCCGACUCCCGACGGCCAUCGGGACGGCGUCCCAACUUCCGUCACAGGCGUCGACCCACGCGUUGAUCCUCAUCGUCCCCGUUCCGCGUUUUCGGACGGGGACGGGGAACUCGGCAUCGUUCCGCGUUCCGUAUGACUUUACCGUCCACUGGCGGAGGUCUGGCUCCGGCCUCCGGUGGCAGAGAGAGCACCGCGGUCGUCGAGGUUCCGGCUACCUGCGUAGCGACGGCGUUUGACAGCUGCAUUUCUCGUGACCCGGUCCUUUCCGGUUUCCCCACAUUAGAGCUGCUGCCAUGGCCGUCGACGUCCCCUCCUGCAUCCAGCUCCUCCGCUCCUGCGGCGCCGCCGCCGGCCGGCAGCUCCACCAGCUCCUCCUCAAGUCCGGCCACGUCCCCUCCUCCCUCCCGCCCACCAACUCCGUCCUCCUCAUGUACGCGCGCGGCUCCCCGCUCCACUCCCGCGACGCCCACCUCCUGUUCGACGAAAUGCCCACGAGGAACUGCUUCUCCUACAACUCACUCAUCACCGCCCUCUUUAAAUCCGGCGACCUCCGUGGGGCUCUCCAUGUGUUCCGCUCCAUGCCUGACAGGAACACCUUCUCCUGGAACGCGGUGAUAACUGGCUUCACUGCUGCUGGGAAUCUCGACACGGCCCACGACCUGCUAGACGAAAUGCCCGUGAAGGAUGCCGUGGCUUGCAACGCUGUCUUGCAUAGGUAUGUCCGGUGUGGCAGAGUGGAUGAGGCAUUUUCUUUGCUCAAGAGGAUUGGUCGGCAGUGCAAUGCUGAAGUGAUCUCGUCGCCCUGGAAUGAUCCCUUCGUUCUUACCACAGUUGUUGGUGCUUGUGCUGAUCGGAUGAAGUAUGAUUUUGGGAGGCAAGCUCAUGCCCGAAUUGUGGUCGCCAAGAUUGAAAUUGAUUCGGUACUGGGUUGCUCAUUGAUUGACAUGUACUGCAAGUGCGGAGAUUUGGACUCUGCUCGCUGUGUCCAUGAUGGAUUAAAACAUGUUGAUCAAUUCUCUCUGUCUGCUCUGGUCCAUGGCUACACAUCUUGUGGACAGUUGCAUGAGGCGUUAUGCCUUUUUGACAAGGUGGAGAACCCCAGCAUUGCUAUAUGGAAUUCUCUUAUCAGUGGCUGUGUGCCUGCUUACCAUGGAGAUGGUGCUUUUGUUCUUUUUGUGAGGAUGUUGCGGUCAGGCAUGUUGCCUAAUUCUUCAACUUAUGCCAGUGUUCUGAAUAUGUGUGGCUUUUUAGGCUUGCUGAAGCCCGGGCAGCAGAUUCAUGGGGGUGCUUUAAAGAGUGGGGCUGUCAAUGACUUGAUAGCAGCAAGCGCGCUCAUUGACUUCUACUCAAAAUGCAGCCUCUGGGCAGAUGCCUGCCAAGCUUUCAGUGAGCUUAGGCAUCAUGACACCAUCGUGCUCAAUUCAAUGAUCACUGUAUACUCAAACUGUGGCCGAACAGAUGUGGCUAGAAGAAUUUUUGAUAUGAUCCCUAGCAAGAGUGCCAUCUCAUGGAAUUCUAUGAUCGUUGGGUUCAGCCAAAAUGGGCAUGCUCUUGAUGCAAUGGAGCUGUUCUGUGAGAUGCAUCAGCUUGGUUUGUGGCUUGACAAGGUUGCUAUAGCCAGUGUUCUGAGUGCAUCAAGCAGCAUCUGCUCUAUAAGUUUUGGGGAGCAGAUUUUUGGUCUUGCUAUUGCACUUGGCCUACAGUCUGACCAUAUUGUAGCCUCCUCGCUCAUUGACCUAUACUGCAAAUGUGGAAACUUGGCCAAUGGAUGCAGGAUCUUUGACGGAAUUGAUAAUCCUGACGAAGUCUUGUGGAAUUCAAUGCUGAUAGGUUAUGCUUCUAAUGGGUAUGGAUAUGAGGCACUGGAACUUCUGAAGUUGAUGCAAAGCAGGGGUGUGAAACCAAGUGAACGGACAUUUGUUGGUGUCCUUUCUGCAUGCUGCCAUUCUGGGCUUGUGGAAGAGGGACUCAGAUGGUUUGACCGGAUGAAGGAAGAUUUUGGUGUGAGUCCAUCAGCUGAGCAUUAUGCAUGUGUGACUGACCUGUUAGUCCGUGCAGGUCGACUGGAUGAAGCAGUUGAGUUCAUAGAGAACAUGCCUUUCAAAGCGGAUGCGAUUAGUUGGACUUCUAUUAUUGGAGGGUGCAAAGCCCAGGGCAAUGAGGCUUUGCUGCAUAAAGUGGCAAAGAAACUGAUGGAAACAGAAGUGUCACCGCAUUCCAGUUUGUAUGUGCAGCUGUCAAGCACGCUUGCAGCUCAAGGGGAUUGGGCUAAAUCAGCAGAAAUUAGGAACAUGAUGCGUGACAGAAGAAUUUCAAAGAAUGCUGGCUACAGUUGGAUCGAUAGUGCAUAGAGGAACUUGCCAAUGACACCUCCCACCUCCCACAUGCAUCUCGGUCCCUUUCUUCUGGGCCCUUCUCUAUUGGCUUUUGUUUCUACAAUGCGUUCUUCUGCUAAUCAGGAAGUGUGACCUACGAGCUACUCAGCUUUCAGAGAUCAUUGACACUUCUCUAGCAAGCCAUCCUUACUGAUAGUGGGGCAUGUGACGGCGACUUCCAUGCCCUAUGGAAGGGUCAACAACAACGCCUGACUCCGAGCUUGAACGACUGUAGGUCCAAACAACAACAACUUAUUGACAGGUAUUGGAUAAACAUAGGGUUGCUGCAUCAGGUCAAACGAUGUGGGGUCAUAAUAUCUGUGUGGCCUAGCAAACCACCAGGAUUAUCAUGAGAAUUGAGAGGUUGGUAGCAAAUUUAGGAGCAGAGAUGGGCAGAAAACCAUUUGAUUUAGGUGUCUUUGGUGCCGUGAAGCAGGAAGAGUACCCUACUAUGUGAGAAGAAUGCGCCCUGAUUUAAUUAUGAGUACAUGGCUUCCCAAGGAGUUGCAGACGCUGAACCUUGUUUCACGCCUAAAGCUGUAUGAAGCACAACUUCCAGUUCUUCUGAAGUUCCUUUGUAAAGUUGGAUGGUCCAAAUCUUUUAGAAGUGGAUUGAUCUUCAGUUCUCCAUUUGUCUUAACCAAUUCCUGCAGCAUAUGAGCUUUUUUAGCAACAACUCUGCAUCGCCACCUGUAAGGCUGUGGUCAUUAGAAUUGUUCUCCGGUUAUCAUUACUAGGCCAGGCAAGGUAGAAACCGUUUCUAUCACUCUUGUCUACAAGGAAAUAUUCGGCAACACAUUCUUAUUAUAAAACUUGGAAAUGGAUAAUAGUUUGUUUGAGCUUGAA